GAGAAAUUCAUUUCUUAACAACAAAAAUUAUUCAAGAUUUCAUUAGUCUUCAUCAGUCUAAUGGAUGAUCAAGUCACGUUAAGACAGUAUUAAUUAAAAUAAAUAUUUACCAUCUAAAAUAAAAAAUAAAAUAGUUAUAUAGAAAAAUGUAAUUUCCUAUGACACUGCUACGGGUAAAGAUGCUAGUACAGAUUUGGCAAACCGAUAAUGACUCGACUGUUUCCUGUUUUCGGUGACGGAUAACGGCUAGCAGUUUUUACUUUGAUACCGCACGACUAGACCCUCUCUGGCACGCAAAACUGACUGCAGAUCUGCGGGCUUGAGGGUCUUCUGUACAUUCGUCAGCACAGAUAACACCAACAAUAGCAACACAAACAGCAAACAUGGGAAACAACGGUAAACCGCGUCGGAAUAGAACUCGGCGGGCCGCAAAGCGUCUUUGGCGGACCAGAGUCGGGGAAGCGCGUCACCUCCUCGACGAAGUUUUUUUCGAGUACCUGCGAGGAAUAGACCGCAUCCCUCCGGAAGCUGAGCCGGUUUCUCAUCUUUCCUCUCCACCUCCUCUUCCCGAGGAACUCGAAGUUCCUCAGGUUCAUCAGCCUACUUCCACUGCCCUCUCGAUCUCCUCAUUAUUUACAUACAGAGUAGCCGCUGAUAUCCCUCCUUCGUCGGUCCCUAGUGUCUCCUAUUCCCCGACACCGUAUCUGGAACGCAGUCCAGAGCGGUCCCCUUUAAACUCUCCUCCUUAUUCCCCGGCUAACUCGGAUAUCGAUCAUGGAGGAAAUAAAAAGCAAAAACGACACCGAACAACCAACCAGGGCGGAUACGCCAACGCCAAGAACGAGAGAAAGAGACAGCGACACAGAACCCUCAACGCCGCAGAGGGCCGUCACGCCAAGGUACGUGACAACGCAGCAGAAGAGAGACGAACACGAGGCAGACCAGCAACCUGUCAUCCAAACGCGCGUCAGCAAUGACAAAUAAGAUAAGAAACCGGCGAUACAAAACUAGGAUAAUUACUUUACUUUAUUUUACUUUACGUUUCGUGUAGAUAAUCAUUUUUUUAAAU